GGGCGGAGCCUGCGGAAGCCGCGGGCGGCCGGCUACGGCCCGGGAACUGCUGCUGCUCUGCUGCUGCUCUGCUGCUGCUCCUGCUGCUCCUGCUGCUGCUUCUGCUGCGGCGGCUGCCCCCGCGGCGCUGAGGCCGAGACUGAGGCCGGGGCGCGCGUUUGGCUAACGUGCCCAACCCUCGCGGCUUGGCUGCACCGGUCCUUGCGGCCGCCUGGGUGUCUCGGCUGGUCUCUGCGUUGCGCCGGUGAGGAUGCGGCUGUUCCGGUGGCUGCUGAAGCAGCCGGUGCCCAAGCAGAUCGAGCGCUACUCGCGCUUCUCGCCGUCACCGCUGUCCAUCAAGCAGUUCCUGGACUUCGGUGAGCUCCCAGAUGAGCCUUCCCACCUGUGUCCUGUGAGAAUUCCUGACCCACAGCAUCUGUGAGCAUAAUAAAUAGACAGUGGGCCGAAAGAAGUAGUGUAACAGCUGGAUAUUGUUGGGGUGUUGCGUUUGAUGGGGAAUGAGGGAGAGAUAAUGCGUGUGAGAAAACUUCAUAUAUGUUCCUGCGAAAGGAGCUUCCUGUGCGACUGGCUAACACAAUGAGAGAAGUUAAUCUUCUGCCAGAUAAUUUGCUUAACCGCCCUUCGGUGGGAUUGGUUCAGAGUUGGUAUAUGCAGAGUUUUCUUGAACUUCUAGAAUAUGAAAACAAGAGCCCUGAAGAUCCACAGGUCUUAGAUAACUUCCUACAAGUUCUGAUUAAAGUCAGAAAUAGACACAAUGACGUGGUUCCUACAAUGGCACAAGGAGUGAUCGAAUACAAGGAGAAGUUUGGGUUUGAUCCAUUCAUUAGCAGUAACAUCCAGUAUUUUCUGGAUCGGUUUUAUACCAACCGCAUCUCUUUCCGCAUGCUUAUUAACCAGCACACACUUCUCUUUGGCGGUGACACCAAUCCUGCGCAUCCUAAACACAUAGGAAGUAUUGAUCCCACCUGCAACGUGGCCGAUGUCGUGAAAGAUGCAUAUGAAACCGCCAAGAUGCUUUGUGAACAGUAUUAUCUGGUAGCUCCAGAGCUGGAAGUUGAAGAAUUCAAUGCCAAAGCUCCAAACAAACCUAUUCAGGUAGUUUAUGUGCCCUCACAUCUGUUUCACAUGCUAUUUGAGUUGUUCAAGAACUCAAUGAGAGCAACAGUCGAACUAUAUGAAGAUAGAAAAGAGGGCUACCCAGCGGUUAAAACCCUUGUUACUCUGGGUAAAGAAGACUUAUCCAUUAAGAUAAGUGACUUAGGUGGUGGGGUCCCACUACGAAAAAUAGAUCGUCUUUUUAACUACAUGUAUUCAACUGCUCCGAGACCUAGCCUGGAGCCUACAAGAGCUGCCCCUCUGGCUGGAUUUGGUUAUGGCUUGCCAAUUUCUCGUCUGUAUGCUAGAUAUUUUCAAGGAGAUCUAAAACUUUAUUCCAUGGAAGGUGUGGGUACUGAUGCUGUCAUUUAUUUGAAGGCCCUUUCAAGUGAAUCAUUUGAGAGACUUCCAGUUUUUAAUAAGUCCGCGUGGCGCCAUUACAAGACCACACCUGAGGCUGACGACUGGAGCAACCCCAGCAGUGAACCCAGAGACGCUUCCAAAUACAAGGCGAAACAGGACAAGAUCAAGACUAACAGAACUUUGUAAAGAACUGAAUGCUUCGAUCCUCUCUGUGAAGCCAAGAAUGUCUUCUGCCCAUCAUCCAGAAGGCGCUCCUUUCCUCCACCAACUCUGAGUGUGGCACUAUAGCUAAUCCAGUGCUUGAAUGUGUAUUCUCUCCAUACGAGCUGGACCUUUUCCACAGAAGUUUCCUGUAACUACUCCAGAUCUCCGCUAAAGUAGUAACUCGAGUCAAUUUUUGUAGUACCUUGCCCUGGUUUGGGUGGCGCCUGUCAUAAGAGGAGGCGGAGCCUCGUACGCGCUUGCGCCCUCAUACCUCUCUCUUCUUACCGAGUCUACCAUCUCCCCCGAUGUCUUCCCUCCGCAUUCCACAUACAGCAGGUCUCUGCUUUUGCUCUUGGUGACCAAAUACCAUGUUUGCCCCUGACAACUUAGGCCUGAGGAGUCUGGAAGUUGAAGACAUGAGCUGAGCAUGUCUUGACAGUUCAGUCCCAGUGCCCCUCCUGUCUCUUAUGCAGCCCCCCCUCACUCUCUGAUUCAGAAUUUGGCCUUCUUCCAUCUGACCAUAUUCUCAUUUCGAGGUGUGGGCAUUUUUGUGUUAGGUCUUCCUCUUGAGCGCAUUGAUUUUAUUCUGAAAUUCAGUUGUAUGCUUCCAUUCUGUCGAUUAAAGCGUUCCAAACGUUGUCUUUGAGUUUUUCGCUUAUCUGCUUGGUUGCAAAGAUCUUAAGUGAAAAACUACCUUCUGGUCAUCGUCAAGUCUGCAGAGAAUGGGAAGUGGAGUUGUUACACUUAUGUAAAAAUUUUACCGUCAGAUACAGUCCUUUUGUCAUAUUAUAUCCCUUUGCAGUUUUCUAAGUCCUUCUGUGAUGCACUUUACUAGUUGUAAAAUAGACUGUCGAAGGGAAAAGUUCUUUCUAGUUCAUUUUGAAAAAUGCCCUAGGUCUGCAUAAAAAUACAUUUUCAGGAAUUUGGGCCAGUUUUAGAAUUGCCGAUGUGAUUUUCACCAUCCUUUACUCUUUGCUGAGAGGUUUAAUUGUCAGAGGACUUGGGGUGAGGCAGGUGGAGCUGUAUUAUACUUAUCCUUAGAAGCGGACACUAUCUGAGAGUCCAGAUUAAAAUCCAUGACUUACACAGCUCCACAGGAUGUGUUUCUCUUUGGUAUAAUUUUUCGUAUAGACCAUCUACUUUGACUUCUGCCCUCUUUUAACGUACGUAUGUUUCCAUCCACUGUUUAUGUAUUGAAUCCACUGAUUUAAAAGCUGUAACUUGUGAUGUAUUCCUCCUCCUUUAGUCAUACCACAGUACCAACACACUUGUCCCCACUGCCAUCACGUGGGGAUCUUCCCCUGGGUGGAAGGAGUGCCAUUCUGACCGGCUGCACUUGCGUUGAUGGCAGCUCUGUUUCUCUUAGCUCCACUGAAUCUGAUAUGCUUUCAUUUUGUUACAUUCCCUGAGCUCAUGGUAGUUCCUUCAUCUUUAGAAAGAGCUUGUCUCUUCCACCCUUAGAAGGCUCUCAUCGGGGAACUGACAUGGAAAAAGACCGACCUCCUUCCAAGGUCUGGAUGAGGAGAUGGUCCAUAUGGAGGCCUGGUUUUUGAGGCCUGAGUCAGUGUCUUGGGAAUGGGGCUGUUCCCUAUGAUGAUUUCCUUGUGGUAUAAAGAUGUAAAAAUAACAGCCCUUUAUGUUUAAAGACCCCGGCUUAUAAACAUCAGAUAGCCUGUCAGCAUCUUGCUUGGCCUCCAUUUCCAACCACCGCCUCUUACACAUUCAAGUCUGGUACACUGUAGGGGAAGGAGGCAGCAGGUUCAGCGGUGUCGCCUCCUGCCUUGUUCUGGCAGUGCCUUACUGUGUGCUUGAGGAAUGCCCGUGGAUCAUUAGGCCCUCACAACAAGCUGUGUGGAAAGGUUGGAGCUGGAAAAGCUGAUGCGAAAAAAAAAAAGCAUAUAGCUUGCCUCCAUUUAUCGGUCUUUUUCUAAAGUAAAGAUUUCUCUCAGUGUUGUAAUCACUUAAGAGGUAGUUCUUUAUAGAUAGACUUUAGGGCUUACUCCUGUCCAUCUGCCCCCAGGACAAUCUUGCCUCUCCCGUCUUUUGUUUUCUGCAUUAAGCAUUUAACUUUGGAAGUUCCUCUGUAGCGCAGAGGGUUAAGGAUCGGUAUUGUCACUCCUGCAGCUCAGGUCGCUCCUUUGGUGCAGGUUUGAUCCCUGACUCAGGAACUUCCAUAUGCCCUAGGCGUGUCCAAAAAAGAAAAAAAAAUUAACUUUGCUUCCAAAGCAACCAUAAGACAAGUAUCAGGAACAGCUUGCAUUUGCACAAUAGCUGCCCCAAGGAUUCAUUUAUCCUUUUUGUUGGCUGUACAUGAUUCUCUGAACUUGGGUGCAUCCCCCUGGCUGUUAGCUGGGUUUUGUCUCUAAGCGUAUGGUCACAUUUCUACAUAUAAGUUGUAAUAUAAAUAGACAUGAACCGAUUUUCAGCUUAAUUUGUUAGGUUCUCCCAAUUCUUCUGCCUUUCUCAUUUCCUUGAUCUUAUUUUAAGUAUUGGGGGACAAUAUCUCCUAUUUGAAGUUGUAGCUGACUCACAGUAGGUGCUUAAUAAAUACUGGUUGAAUCAAUGAAUGGAAAUUGGCAUACAUUUACCUUGGAUGGUGAGUAGCAUCUUUCUGAGUUCUUAAAUUCUCUUUGUUUCCAAAUUAAAAAUCGUUCAGGUCAGGAGCUAUGGAAGGACUGAAUUUCCUUUUUAUAGUGCUAAGAGGUGGCUUGAAAAUGGAGAGAAAUGAAAAGAAGGAAGUAGGGUUGGGUCCACAGGAGCCAUCCGAUCCUUUCCUUGUCUCUGAAUGUCUGAUUUGGCUCCUUCAUGCUUCUUUCCAUCCAAUCAGGUGACGUGGUUUUAUACCCUUGCUUAUAGAUUCCAAAGAACUUGCACAUACGGCAUCCCACCAGAUUCGUACGAUGCUGUAAGGUGGACCAUGUGGGAAUUAUCUCUUGUUUUUCAUGUGCGUUCCAAAGCAGUUCGGUGGUUUGCCACGGCGGCGUGGAAGAACCACAGUGAGCGCUUGCGUCUUUUUGUUCCCAGGCCCGGCUCUCAGCUGUGCACUAGCUAAUUGGCAUUAUCUCUUUGGAGGAAUUUCUUGGAUAUUAACCCUCAAGGGUGGAAGAUGUAAAUCAAAAUUUCUCUGUAACAUCAGAGAAUUCCAUUCAAGAGAGGUUUUCUUUUGCAUUUUCAUUUUGGCAAAGUUAGUUCGAGGCGGUUAGCGAGUGAGUUCAGCAGCUUUUGACUAGAAAGGCAGGUGACUCUAGAGUGUGUCACCAUAGGUAAUUGCUGGACUUCUCUAGACUUAAUUCUAUGUUUGAAUGAACUCAGUGCUCACGGCCAGCCCUCUCUAUACAGAGCUUCCACGUUGGUGAGUCAAAGCUUUUAUCUUUUUGUAGACAGGCUAUAGCUUCAGCUGGACUUUUCUCGUGUGGUUACAAAUGCCUUUCUGUGGCCGUUCCUUAUGAACAGGAGCUCGGCCGGCGGUCAGAUUCUCGGAUCACGUCUUUUUUCUCUCACUUCUUUGGAGCCAUCCCUCUGUGGUCUUCAGGUGUCUGGGGCCACUGAGAGGGCUGAGUCCAGACAGAGUUUUUCUUUCCCUUUUGUGGGUGAUCUGCUGGUUUCCCCCGAGUACUUGUGAUUUCUUGUUGAUCCUGGAAGUGCAGGAACUUCAUUCAUGUGUAUCUCAGAGCUGGCUUGAUCUGGUACCCAGUGAGCAUCAGACAUCGACAUUCAGGCCUUCCUGUGUUUCUCUUCACUUUAUGGGGUGUCCCCAUGUUGGCUCUCUGUUCUCUGUCCUGCACACUUAGCUUUCCUUUGAGAGCCUUGGUCUCCUUGUGUUUCUUCCCGUGGUGUUAUUUUUUUUUCCUCAGGUCUUAUCCUCCCAUUUCACUGACUCCCUUUUCCAUGUGGCCUUCCCUUCUGCUACAGUGUUUUUCCCCCUCUGUGUCUUUCCUUAGCUCUGAUGGCUUUUUUUUCUCAUCCUCUUGUCCCAUUUGACUCCCUAUUUCAUUUCUUGGAAGGCUGAACUGUGUUGUCUACAGUUUUUGUGGUUUCUGCAGUCAUUGUGUUUCCAGAGUGUGUUUGUCUUUUGCUGCUUUCAUUCCUUUUCUUCUGUGUUGUUUUACUCUUUUAUUGAUACACAAGUGUCAUCAUGGCAUUUUCUGCCUAUUUUUUGGUCUUUGCAUGGGACCCGUUCUAGCUGCCAAGAAGAGUGUGUUUAAAUCCUCCUCGACUCCCCCUUUUUCAAGUGAGAAGCAUUCAUCACCUGAACCCUUGAACUUAAGGCUUGCCAUCAAUGGCUCGUGAUGGUGGAGGCUGUCUUCGUUUUCCUUUCUGCUGUCUGGACACGGGGCGGGUGGAGGGGGGGGGCGAGGAAGGAGCGAGGUAAAGCCUUCUCGCAGUGCCUUCCACACUGUCGACCCCUCUGCCCUGGGGUGGCUGUAUCCCAGUCGGGAGAGAGCUUUCUCUCGAGGUUCCUCAUUUCCACUCCAUGCUGACUUAGAGGGCUGCAGCAGGUUCGGCCUGCAUUGCUGGAUCAUACACAGCCAGUGUUGGCGUGUUUGGCUCCCGAGUGCCUGUUUGUCUCCUCUGCACACAAGUGGAGCAGCUGAGACGUCAGCCUCCCCUCCUAGGUUUUGCUUCUGGCAACGUGACCACGCAGUGUGCCCUCAGCUUGUCCUGCCUCCCGCCCGUCUUUGUUUCUCCCAGUUCAGACAUGAUUGGAACCCUGUCAGCAACUGUGGCCUCCUUGACGAACGCGCGAAUCCUCUUCGAUGAGUCCUCAACUUGGUUGUCAGACACUCCCCUGGAGUCCUCAGUGUAGGGUGGUGGCUUUUAUUAGUUUCCCCAUGGACAGCGUCUCCAUCAGCCUCUGGAUGUGUGUGUAUGUGUUGCAGGGCAGGAACACUUAUAUAAACAUGAGCCCGUUCUGCCAUCUUCCCAGCUGUCCAGGUGCUUAAACAUUGACUGUGAAGAUAAUGUCCAUAUCAUUAGCGGGGGAAAAAAAACAUCAAUAACUUAAUCAACACAGGAUUUUUGUUUAUUGUUCUUUGUGGAAAGACAACUUUUAACUCGGGUUCCUGUUCCAUUGAUUAGAGCGAUCAGUACCUUUUGGUUUGAAGACUGGGGCCAUGUGACAUUUUAAUGAACUCAAGAAUUUACCAGCCAUUGGCAGUGAUUGAUUGGUUCGGAAUAUUUCAAACUAGCACAUAAUCAGAGCUAUCAAGAGUGGUGUAAACUAUUUCUUACUGAUAGGUUGCUAGUCAAGCUGCCCCACUGAGGGUGGUGACCCUGUGAGAGCUCUACUGUGACUCAGGUUUGCUUACCUGUCUUUUUAAUCACCCCAUUUUUAAAUUUGGUUCAUGAAGAAAUAGAAAGGAGCGAAUUCCUCAUCAGGCUGAUUGCUGAUAUUCAGGAAUGUACAUUGUGAUGGUUUGUAGGUCUAAGACCCGGUGCCACACCAAUCGAUGUUUCGAAAGUGCGUUUACAGGGGGAUGACAGGUUGGGGGUUUUAGUUGGCCUCUUUGUAGGAUUGAAGCCUCCUUUGCUCACUGGCCAGCAUAUUCCCCUAGGCACACUUUUCUCAGCCUCAGAGCCGAGCAUACCGAUCAAGGAGCAGGAAUGACAGCCCUGCUCUGUGCAUCCAAAUCCAGCCUUCGCAGUGCCUUCUGCUUCGUUCAGAGUCUUUGCCCUGGUUCUGUCCUGGGGUGAAAUGCAGAGCGGAGUACCGCCCACGUGUAAGGGACGAGAGACGAAAAGGCGGUAGAGGAGCCGUGGAAAGGAAAGCCAUGUUCAUGCCUCCCUUUUAAAUAAUAGCGAGCGUCUCCAGUGCACCAGAAAGGCCCAGGGCUGGGCACAUGGCCAUGAUGACAGCAGCUGCAAGUGCCAGUCUCACGGAGCUCGCGUUCUGGUGGGGGAGUCAGAUGAGACCCUCAUCAGGGACGGUUUCUAGCACAGUUGGGAGACAAGGCAGGAAGGGGAGUGCAAGGGUUGAGUGGUAGGAGGCGGGCACCAAACCCCGUAAUUGUUGUUGUCAUCAUGGACGGGUGGGUUCCUUAGACGAGGGCGCCUCCCUGAGUCCUGAGUUCUCUCCUUCUUUGCGUCUGUUCACCUGCAUCUGGAGAGUCUGCCUCGGACUCUGUGCGUUUCCUUGUCUCGCUGACCGCUGACUGGUGAGGACCCGGGUCCGGUGAGAGGAGAUGGCUUUGCGGGUCUCGUUGCGCUGUGUGGCGUGGGCUGCUCUUUUCUCCUACCAAAGAUGCAGUCCCAGCAGGUGCCAGCUGUGUCUUUGUAGAACCUCAGAGAUGAUUGUUUCAACCACAUCUUCCCACGUCCAGCUUCUGGAUGGUGAUGCUGGAGUGAAAAGAGCUGCUUGUCAAGGGGAGAGACCCUCUUUACCACUUGCUUGUGCACUGGCUUUAGGGCCGGAGGAAAGGGUUAUCCGAGGAGGCGUCCCUCUCAAGUCUGCUUUCUAGCCUUAGCUGUGUUCACCCUCAAAAUGAAGACAAUAAAAUGACAGCAAUAUCGUGGUCACAGAAUCCUUAAGAAACCCGUUGAUGCCUUUCCAUCUGUCUCUGAAACCUGGACUUGAAUUGCCCAGGAUCCCAGUAACGGGGUCAGUGGAGCCAGGAGACGGGCAGCUUCUUGUGUUGUGACGUGGGUGGCCCUCAGUGGUGGUCCGGGUCCCGCUCCCUCGGAGGGAGCAGCAGAGCCGGCGAGGACACUCUCUGUUCUCAGGGAAGGUGGAUCUGAGUGCGGAGCAGAAGAUGCCGUGCAGUUGAGUUAUUCCCAGAGGUAGAGCCUGUCACCCUUUAGGUUGAUUGAUUCGCAUAUAAAUGGAAGCACCUUGGGGCCUCACUACUGAAAGCCUCCCAACAAAUGUCUGUUACGGUUAAGUGCCUGCAUUAAAAGAAAGCCCACCCCUUAUAUCCCACUCAUCUCCUUGCAGUGUUUAAUAAAUUCAUAAUAGUAUUUGACUUCCCGUCUCUGUAUCUUUUUCCCUCCAGCACUGCAGGAGCGGCUCACUUCUCCCUUUGACGUGAUGGCUUCAGCCUUUGGUGGCGUCUGCAUAGCUCUUGGAAAGGAUAAGCAGUAGAGCUUGAUGCCUGGAGUCCCAUGGUCCAGUGUGGACUACUGGGAAUAUUUUUGGUGGGAUUAUUUUUUAAAUGUUAGGGAACUGAGUGGUAGAUUUGUGGUAAUAAUGGAUCCAGGGAGCUUGCAGUGGAAAGAGUAUGAACUUCACCUGAAAAAUAUUUCUCUGUUCUAUAAAUCUCUCAGUGACAUUUGGAUUAAUCAAGCAUAAUUAAAUGUAGUUAGAUUUUUGUCAGAUUGUAGUUCAAAAUAAUAUUCAUCUAUGAAGAGGGUAAUAUAUUCUGUAGAAAUUUUAUUAAGCACUUUAGCUAAGCAAACGCUAAGGAGAACAAAAUCAACCUCAGGAAGGUUAAUUACUAAAAAACCCCACAAAGUAUAGUAGAUUAUGUAAAUCAUUUUAAUUUUGAAUACCAUGGCUUGAGCUUUAAUUUACAUCGAGAGAUAUUUUGGAUUUGUUUUUCACAUCAAAUCUUCCAAAAGUACAAAAUUGCAAUUGCAUUCUUUAAAAUUUCUCAUCAUUUUAGCAGUCCGUUAAGUUCGCUUAACUUCUUCAUGUUAUACUUUCCAAAAGUAAAGAAUUACAGUUGAAUUCUUUAAAAUGCAACCAUUUUGGGAUUCCACUGUUUGCUACAAUUGUGAGAACCAUGUUUUUAUUUCUGUACCUUUAAAAAAUUGAUCUUUUAAGAGAAGUAUUGGGAGAGAGAAUGUAUAUGAAAACUUCUCACCCGUGCCUGGCCUCUCCCUAAAAAAAAAAAAAAAAAAAAAAGAAUUUUUAAAAAGUCAAACAGAAGAGUUUAGACUAUACUGAUAAAUCUUUUUAUUUUAGUAAUUUCCUUGAAGGGAGAAGUAAAGAGAUCAAAUUGAUUUUCUAACUUACAUUUUUUGUACUCAGAGAAUUACAUUUUCAUUACCCUUGCAUGUCUCAGGGAAUAGCCUUUGAUAAGAAUCCCCAUGGAAAUCUCUGCACGUCUCUCCCGAUGUACUCAGCUUUGAGAGUUCUUGUCUAAAUUUCUAGAGCUAGAGUUUCAAAAGUAUUGUCUUCUCAGGAACACAGCAUUACCCAAGAAACUUGAACUUCACCCUUAUCAACACGCAGAUUCUAUGUGCUUUAGGCUUUUUCAUGUGUAAGUGGCGCCUAAAAGCCCUUUGAUUAGGAGGUAUACAGGGGUCUCUUUAUCAUGCUUAUCUGAGAUUUUCAUAGAAAAACCCUACAGUUUGAUUUUGCUUGAUAAUUUUGCUUCUUGGCUUUUCAGCAAAAAUUCUCUUUUCCAUUGGAAUUGAAUCUUUUGGGGAUAAUAAAAUCUCACUUAAAAGAACAUCCUAUAAAUAAUUCUAACUUUUGCCAACCUCAGAGUGGCCUAAUUUUGCAAAUGGGCCAAAACAGCACAAAUGUCAAAGAUCAUAUAUACUGUAAGCAGUAUGUUUGCUCUGCAGUUAGCAAAGUGAAGAAACGCCUAAUCCUGGCAAUCAGGACGGCUUAAUGGCUCUUCAGUUCAUCUUUGCCUUCCAAAUUGGAUGAAAAUGGCACAUUUAGAGUGGAAUGCUUAUUAAUGACAGAACUGCUUAAUGUUUUAAAAUAUUCCUACCUUGAGAUUCUUUUCGAGAGAAAAUAAAAGGAAUCUCAACCUUCAGUUCUAUUUUGGCUCUUCGUAUCUGCUCAGCAUUGAAAAGGCAAUGAUAAAGUUGAAAUCUGCUUGGAAGUCACAGGCAUCUGCCAGUGAUCCCCGCUUGAUGUACAAGAGGAGUGAUGAGGAGUUGGCGAAAACAGGCAGGAUGAAUAUAAAAUGUUACAUUGCCGUUUAUAAUAUAUCAUGGUAGUCUUUUCUCAUUUCACCUUGUCUAUCCAUGGGACAUCUCAAUCAGUAUUUUCAAGAGCACUCUCUUGACACUAAGAACUGGCCUGUGCCUUGAUCGAAAACACUGCUGAGGUUACUGUCCCCCGUCUUGAAUUAGAACAAAUAUUUUCGAAUCAUCACAGCCACAGCCUGUGACCGUAGGGAUCUGGAAACGCUGGAAACGGCCUGCCGUCCGAGAGGGCGCAGGCUGGAUGGCAGGCUUCGCAGCCUGGCUUGCUGAGCGCCGUCCGGAGGCAAGGUUUGCCUGGCUGUCAUAACCAGCAUAAAACCUAAAAUAGAACGGGCUUGCCAGCAUCCUGUAACUGCUCUCUUUUUCUCUAGCUGCCUUUAUCACUCUUCCUGGGGAAGCAUCACAGAAAGUCCUUUGGUAUCUUGCUUUUUACUUUUAAAAUUCCUGUUAGAGCUGGCUAGUAAACUUGACCAAUAAAUCGUGCAUGUACUUAAACUUCUUUUUUUUAGUCCAGACCAAACUAAAUGUAUCUUGGCUCUGUGGAAAUAGCCAAAGCGAGGUUUACCUAGAAAUUAGAAAGUAUUAUGUGUUUUAAAAAUGUAAGUUGACUAUAUUCAGGGUUGAAGGAAUCGAGCUCCGUUGCCUCUUCCUUUGUUUCUUUUAUGUCCAUUGUUAUUCUCUCUUCUCACUGUGACACUCUAGACCCAAAGGCUCCACUCCGAUUAAGAACCCGGGCUUUGCUCGAGUCCAUCCUGGACGACAUGACACACGUUUUAGGAGAGUGGAAGCUCCCACUUCAGCAUGCUGGCUAACCCUGCUCUGUGCAGAGUUCCUUGGUAUCAAAGUCAUCUGAGGUCGCCGUGGCUGCUUCAGGUUUAUCUAUGCGUCACGCCAUCUGUUGCUGCAAGUUCACAUCCUCGCCAAAGUACACAAGUGCUUGCAACUUCAAUAUUUCCCAGAUUUAGAACGCGAGCUGUGAAUACUUGAGAAAUGCUGGAACCACAUAAGAAAAGUCAACGCGGAGUAAAAUACACCCUUGCAAACAUAUUUAAUGCUGCAUUUAAGUAUAAAGCCACUUGCCUGAUGUUUCAUCAUGACUCCUUAACCUCUGAGGGCAGUGUCUAAACUGGGAGUGGUAGCUGAUUUAACAAGAGAAGAAGAGCAACGUGUAGAUGAAGUGCAAGUUCAUCACAGUGACCGUACCCCUAAGUCCAAAUCUGGCCUGAUUUACUUUGAGCAACGAUCAGUUUACAUAACAGUGAAAUGUACGUGUGUGUCCAGUGUUCACCUUUUGCCUUGUGGUUUGUAGAGAGAAGGCUGGCCCCUCAUAUCCUCUGCUGUUCGGUGGCCUGGCUGCUACACGCUUGUCACAAGUCAAGAAUGACUUUGGUCUGAGGUAAUGUGUCAUUCUGUAGAGAAAAGUGUUUCGUUUUUGCUAUUGUUGGAGAAACACAAGUGAGGAAGCGUGUGGCUCAGAUAAUGGUCCCCAGCAGUCCUGCAGUCAUCUGUGGUGUGUGUCGUGGCCAAACUAGUCCCAGAGCACGAGGACAGUUCGGCACCACAGUCAUCGAACAAUAAAGCGGUAGUCGUGGCUCA